CCCGCCGCAUAACAUGAGCUCUCAUCUCUCCGAGCGGACGUGUAACGAUACAGAUGGUUUCAAUACGGUAUCCCGCUUUAUGCUGACCGAAACUGCUGUUGUUUAGGAAAAAUCCCCCCUUUAACCGGUUGUGUUUUUUGGAUGCGCCAUGCAAUCACGCUGGUGGAGUUGUGGUAUUCGGCUGGUGGCAUGGACGUGGGUUUGGAGUCUGGCAUUGCUUGGAGCGUGGUGCAUCCCCGCAAACGAAGUGAACCUCCUGGAUUCUCGCUCUGUGAUGGGAGACCUUGGAUGGGUGGCCUACCCUAAGAAUGGGUGGGAGGAGAUUGGCGAAGUAGACGAGGACUAUGCCCCCAUCCACACCUACCAAGUGUGCCGGGUCAUGGAGCAGAACCAGAACAACUGGCUCCACACCAACUGGAUACUGACCGAGGGCGCCCAGCGGGUCUUCAUUGAGCUCAAGUUCACCCUGAGAGACUGCAACAGCCUACCUGGAGGUGUCGGGACCUGCAAGGAGACUUUUAACAUGUAUUACUACGAAACCAAUGGGGACGAGGAUGAAAUGGAGGAUGGGGAGAUGAGAGAUGGGACGGGGAUGACGGAGGAGGAGGACAGGGUGAUGAAGGAGAGCAGAUACAUCAAAAUUGAUACCAUAGCGGCUGACGAGAGCUUCACCGAGCUGGACCUCGGGGACCGCGUGAUGAAGCUCAACACUGAAGUCCGUGAUUUAGGUCCUUUGACCCGGAAGGGCUUCUACUUGGCGUUUCAGGAUUUGGGGGCCUGUAUUGCUCUGGUCUCAGUGCGAGUUUUCUACAAACGCUGCCCGUUUCUGGUGAAGAGUCUGGCCGAGUUCCCCGACACCAUCCCCGGCUCAGAGGCCUCGCAGUUGGUGGAGGUGGUGGGCCGCUGCGUCAAUAACUCGCUGCCUUUAUAUGAGCCUCCCAGGAUGCAUUGCAGCACAGAGGGUGAAUGGCUGGUGCCCAUUGGGAAGUGCGUGUGUCAGCCAGGGUUUGAGGAAAUCAACGGAUCCUGUCAAGUCUGCAAAGUGGGGUUUUACCGCUCGCUGCUGGAGUCUUUGGCCUGCAGUAAAUGUCCGCCCCACAGUGUGGCCAGGCAGAUGGGAGCCACUUCUUGCAGCUGUGAGGAUGGAUACUACAAGACUGAUUCCGACCCUCCCAACAUGGCCUGCACACGUCCUCCCUCUGGUCCUCGUAAUGCCAUCUCCAAUGUCAAUGAGACCAGCGUCUUCCUGGAGUGGUCUGUUCCUAUGGAAACGGGUGGCAGGAAGGAUGUGCGUUACAACAUCCUGUGCAGACGGGUCUUGCCAGAUGGAAGGGGCUUGGAAGAAUGUGGCCCCAAUGUUCGCUUUCUGCCACGCCGCGUCGGCCUGUCAAACACCUCCGUGAUGGUGGCCGACCUGCAGUCACACACCAACUACAGCUUCCUGCUGGAAGCUGUCAAUGGGGUGUCAGAGCUGGCCAAAGACCAUGCCAAGCAGUAUGUGUCACUUAAUGUGACAACCAAUCAGGCAGCACCCUCCCCAGUGAGUGUGGUGAGAAAAGGUCAUACCGGGAAGAGCAGCAUCGCCCUUUCUUGGGCAGAGCCUGAUCGCCCCAACGGCAUCAUCCUGGAGUACGAGAUCAAGUAUUUUGAAAAGGAGCAGGACUCCAGUUACACUAUAAUAAAAUCCAAGGAGACUGAGAUGGUGGUGGAAGGCCUGAAGCCGUCUUCAGCCUACAUCUUCCAGGUGCGGGCCAGGACCUCAGCAGGCUACGGUGCAUUUAGCCGACGUUUUGAAUUCCAGACCAGCCCUUACUUAACAGCUACCAGUGAGCGUGCUCAGGCUUCUAUAGUAGCGGUGGCCGUCACGUUGGCUCUGGUCCUACUGGCAGUAGUUGCUGGAUUCCUGCUCAGCGGAAGGCGGUGUGGCUACAGCAAAGCAAAGCAGGAUCCUGAAGAAGAGAAGAUGCACUUCCACAAUGGUCACAUAAAGUUCCCAGGGGUGCGUACCUACAUCGACCCCCUCACAUAUGAAGAUCCUAACCAGGCAGUGCAUGAAUUUGCCCAGGAGAUCGACGUCUCGUUCAUCUCCAUAGAAAGGAUCAUCGGAGCUGGGGAGUUUGGCGAGGUGUGCAGUGGACCGCUGAGGCUGCCAGGGAAAAGAGAGAUCCAGGUUGCCAUCAAGACCUUGAAAGCAGGCUACACAGAACAGCAGAGACGUGACUUCUUGUGGGAGGCGUCAAUCAUGGGCCAGUUUAAUCAUCCGAACAUCAUCCGUCUGGAAGGCGUGGUCACGAAGAGCAAGCCAGUGAUGAUCAUCACUGAAUACAUGGAGAAUGGAUCACUGGACACAUUCCUUAAGAAAAAUGAUGGCCAGUUUACUGUAAUCCAGCUGGUUGGUAUGCUGCGUGGCAUCGCAUCUGGCAUGAGGUACCUGUCUGACAUGGGCUAUGUCCACCGUGACCUAGCAGCUCGUAACAUCCUAGUCAACAGUAACCUGGUGUGUAAGGUGUCUGAUUUUGGCCUGUCUCGAGUCCUGGAAGAUGACCCGGAGGCUGCGUACACCACACGGGGCGGGAAGAUUCCUAUUCGCUGGACGGCUCCAGAGGCCAUCGCAUACAGGAAGUUCACCUCGGCCAGCGAUGUGUGGAGUUAUGGGAUUGUCAUGUGGGAGGUGAUGUCAUACGGAGAGAGGCCAUACUGGGAGAUGUCCAAUCAAGAUGUAAUAAAGGCAGUAGAGGAGAGCUAUAGGUUGCCAGGUCCUAUGGACUGCCCCGAGGCCCUGUACCACCUAAUGAUGGACUGCUGGCAGCGAGAACGCAGCAACCGCCCCAAGUUCGAUGAGAUUGUCUGUCUACUAGACAAACUCAUUCGCAACCCCAGCUCAUUAAAAAAACUAGUCAACUCCUCACACAGGGUUUCCAACCUGCUAGUGGAGCAUGCCAGCGUAGAAGGGGACUUCAACGCCCGGAGCAAGACUGUAGGGGAGUGGCUCGACACCAUCAAGAUGGGUCGUUAUACUGAGCUCUUCAUGGAAGGAGGUUACUCUUCACUGGAAACAGUGGCUCAGAUGACAUCUGAGGAUUUGCGGAGAGUAGGAGUGAACCUGGCUGGACAUCAGAAAAAAAUCAUCACUAGCAUUCAGGAGAUGAGAGUCAAUAUGAACAACACCAACUCUACUGUAAACAUCUGAUGCAUAUGUACAGGCACGCACGCACGCACACACACACAUACACACACACACACGCACACAUUAUAUGGACCUAGUAUGUGACGAAAAGACUCCGAUUUGCUGUUGGACCUAGAGCGGCUUAGCACUUUCUACGGACAAGGAAACCCAAUGUUUAUGGAUCAAAACUGGUGGAUCCACAUUUUUGUGGUUCAUAUGUGUGGAGUUUGCUUGUGGUGUCAUUAGGGACAUUAGACAUUGCAGCGCUAAAAACCAAACUGAACUGAACUGAGUGGUGCAACAUGAAGGGAAGAUGAUAUUUCAUUCCAAUUAUUCCAUUUGUGUGAAUCUUGGGGAUUCUGAUAUCUCUGUGCACUGUUUGGAUUCUCUCAGAUCAAACGUGAAACAUAGACAGCAGAUCUGGCUUUGAGAGCAACCAGCACUUUUUGGCUGUAUCACAAAUAUGGGAGUUUCAUCCAGCGGGCUCACUGGGGAGUACAGUUCAGUCAGGAGUCACUGAAUUGAGCACCAUUCUCAGGCAGGGUAAACAUGUAUUAAUGGACCAAGAGAGAAAUCUUUUCAAUCUAUGCUUUGCCAUGUUGAUGUGCUUUGUUUUUUUUGUUUUCUUGCAUCAGGCAGGUCUUCAUGCCAUAAGAACAUAGUUGUAAACCAGCUGUACAGCGCACGAAAGGUCAAGACUCAUACUCAGCAUCAUAUACUUCAUUACCUUACAACACAAUGCAAGACAAGAGUAUAAAAUGAAAGUAGCUGAAAUUGAAAAUGUAACAACUUUUGACAAGGAAACUUUCCUUGGUCUGGCUUUGUCCAGAAGGGUUUUGGUCUUAUUGAGCCUAUAAAAGAAAAAUGUGAAAAGACACAAGGCUGCAGACACUCAGAUACUCUCUGCCUCUGCUCCUCUGGCUGAAUGUAUAGCUCUACACAGAACACAAUGCUCAGCUGCACCAUCAAACUGUUUGAUAUGUAAAUGUUGUCAAAUAGGGAUAGAAUGUGGCAAAAGAACCAUCCUGGUCCAUAAAAUGAGCAUCUAAAUGAAACUGCAGAUUGUACAAGAGAUUCAGCUGGCUUUCUGGCGGCUUUUCUCUGAAUAUCUGUAUGAAUCUCCAGUGAGAUCUUGGCAGAUCACCUCUUGAACCAUGCAGAGUCUAAAGGAAAAUUGCCUCAUAUACUGGAUGUGCAUGUUUUAAUGGAACUUUCACUCAGAUUCUGAGGAACCUUUGUGCAGGUUAUAGUAACAACAUCAAAUCGCUCACAGCUUCACUCAGAUUCUAGCAGAGCGGAUUCUACUGGAAUCUUUGCUCAGAUACUGACGGAUACUUCACCGAGAUUCAGAUUAAUCUUCACGCAAGUUCUAACAGCUACACCGGACAUUAAUAAAUGAACAGUCGCACAGGAUCUAAUGGAAAUGUCCCAUAUUGUUCUUUGGCAAUUCUAGUAGGAUUCAGCUGGAACAUUCAAUGGAAAGACAUGGAAAGUUCAGUCGAUCCUGAUGAAACAGUUGUUUUGCCACUCAGAUUCUCUUGGAAAGGAUCACCCAGAUUCUUGUGGGAUUGUUAACUGGUAUUCUCAGAUUCUCAUGGAAUCUCUACAAGGAUUCCCACACAGCCUUCACUCAAGAGUGCAAUCAGACUUUCAAGGAGCCUUCACAGAGAACCAACAACCUUCAGGUACCGCAGAAAACCCUCAGCAAUCUGUUCAGUUCACAACGCCGCAGAGUCUCUCUCCACCACACAUCUGCCACACCACAAUAAACCUCACUCAGACAGGACUGCUGAAAAAGAGGAGGCAAUAUUGAACAACUUGAUAAUCAUUUAUUUAUUUAUACUUGUUUAAAAAAAAUGAGCAAAAACGAUGUAGACAGUUUGUGUUUCAUCAGAAUACUCUCUCCUGGACUACUGAGCAGCUCUGCCUACAUGUCUUUCAUGUAUAUAAUGUAUUAUAUAUUUAAAGCAGGGAGCAUUGUUCUUCUGUCUACCAUCAUGUGGACAAGUUGGUAUUGAUCAAGCAUCUCAGAGUAGUACACAUUAGUUAAUAACAACAAAUAUUCUAAAUCAGCAUUUCUGCUACUUAGACCUGGGCCACUGUCAAGUGGGGACAACCAGCACAUCUGUCCCCAACUAAAGGGGCCCAAAGGGGUAUGCAGACAGAUCUAAUAGUCAUGUUAUGUUGUUGGUGAUUGAGUUUCAUAUCAAGUUUUGGUGCAAGACCUUGAAAUAUUUUCUGCCGCCCUAAAUGAGACAGUAGUAAAUACUCUGUCUCUAAAAGCUGGAGAAGUAUUCACAGGGAUUGAUAUAUGAACUUCUGGUGUAUUGUAUGGUUUAAAGGUAUACAAUGAUGUCAAUGAUCAAGCCCUUGCUUUACUUCUCUUUGGUAUGGUAUGUUAUACAUUGCUACUCAGUGCUUUAUUGCUAAAACUUGACCCUUUUCACCAUUGUGUUCACCUAAGCAGGGACUGAGUUCUGACAGUAGAUAUAUAUAUCCUCUUUGGAGAUGACAUGCUAAUAUUUUUCUUGGUUAUACACAGUGUACUGCUAGUGCUGUGGCAUGAGAGUGGAAACAAAAUGAGAUUGUAAAGCUAGUUUUAUAAGAGGUGGUAUAGAGGGGGACACUCACUUGACUGUAUGGAAAGCAUAGCAAAGCACACAAGAAGAAUGUAAGGUUUUAAAGGGGUAUUUCACUUUUUUAGAGAACAUGUUUGACUUUUAAACAAUUAGACCUCCCUCUGUGCUCAAGGAGGACUCAAAGUAUAAAAGGCCUAUUUGGUGGCUGUAAGAUGCCUCACUUGUGAUGCUUGAAUUUUUCCACUUGAUAUCAAGAUCGUACUUCCUGACUGGUUUCAUAAAAGAAUAUGAGUGCAGAAUGGUCAUAGUUGAUAUUCUAUAUGUGUUUUUAAAAGUCGAAAUGUUCUACCAGAGUGAGAGUUUGCUUGAAAGAUAAACAUCUGCAUAGUCUCUUUAGUCUACAUUUAUCAAUUUGGAGGUUUGGCUCAAGCUUGUGCAUUAAUAUACUAUACUGUAGUUUUAAUGGUGGGGAACAGUAGCUGUUUUGCAAUGUUAUGGCUAUGGUUUUGUACCCUUUUUCAAACCAGUGUACUUUUUUUAUUCACCCAGUCUUUAGUCUUUUUGGCUAACUUUUUGGCAGUAAAACAUAUAUGUAGACUAUUGCGGCUACGCAGAUGUUUAAUUCAGUGGGGGAUUGCAUCAAUAAUAUGGUGCACAUUUUAUAUUAGACAAUAUAAGGCAUGUACAGUGAAAGUAAUUAUGCUGGGCGCUUUUAAUUUCCCACCCAGCAUGUUUUAAAUUAAAGUCUCCUCAGUCAUUUGAAUACCAUAGGUGUUGAUGAAGUUUCAGUGUUUUGAUCCUACCCAAAUUUCAUGAUAUUGGCUUUUUACAACCAUCCUUUUCAACUUAAUUUUCAACUUAAAACCUAUGCCUAGGGCAUGAACAAUUGGUGAAUAGUACACCCUUAUAAGUGCCUCUCAUCUUUCGAGCACCAUUAUUUCCUCCCCUGCCAAAAUGCUAUGCCCCAAUUGUGCCCCGCUUUCUAUGUAUUUACUUUUUGCCAACAAUAUCUACAGGCAAUAAGAAGAAUGUCAGACAAUGUGUAUGUUGGAACUAAUUUAAUUUGCACUUUAUGAGAAAUCUGUUGCCCUUCCGUUUGACUAAAAAUGUCUAUAGGUGACUGACUUUCUAGUGUCAAAGUUCUCUUAAUUAUUUACUAUAUACAGUAAUUACUAUAAUGUGUUCCCUGAUGCUGAUUAUAUCCAUUCAUAUUCUCAAUGCUUCCCAUGGUGUAAAAUCUGACGUUUAAGCACAAAGCAUUGGUAAUAUUUUUUUUAAAACAAAUCCAAGCUAAAUAUAUAGAAAACUAAAGCAUCAUUGAUGUAGAGCACCAUUUUCUUGUGUAUGGCACAACGAUACACCUUCAGAGCAUAAUCACAAGGUUAGACAAAAAUUAUUUAGGACAGUGAGCGGAUGAUAUGAUUUUGUACAAGAGGUCAAUAGCACUAGCCCUUGAUGUCAACACACUACAGCCCGGCAUUUUGUCUAAGAGUGUUUGUGACAUUUCAGCAUAACCACUGCUAAGUACAAAAGUGUGAAAAAAGGUAUUGAUUUGUUGUUAUUGCAAACAACAAUUAAUAUACGGUUUAGUUGAUAGGUGUUGCUGCGCAAAAUAUUUUCCAUAAUUCAAAUGAUAUAUUCUCAGCACUUUUGAAAUGACGUGAUAUUAUCCUGGUCAUCUCUUAUAAAGCAAUUCUCAUUUAACUGGAAGAAACAAAGCACAGCAAACCAGCAAAGACUUGUAAAGAUUUAAUGAUGUGUUGUUACUCUACAGUGACUGCCAGCUGGAAUUCCAUCAACCAUGCAGUGAAGUGUUUAUGCAGGAGCCAAUUUUGUAGUGUCAAACAAAUUACAUAACACAUUUGGUGUAACAUCUCAAUCAACAAAACUUUGCUGUUGGAAAUGGACUUUCAGAAGAGGAUAAUGUAAUUUAUUCUUGUCAGUAUACACAGAAAGUUCUCGCAUUUAUACACAUUAGGGGUUUGUUGGGUUUGGCUCCAUGAUAAAAAACACUGCAUAAACUGUUAGACAGCAGGUUUGACUGAAUUCUAGCAAAUGUACAAAAGCAAUACCUGAUACCUGAUAUUAUUAGCAAAAAACAUGUUUGCAUACACAAAUGCAUGGGAAUAUAACAACCAUAAAAAGGUUGCACUGACAUCUGAAUGGUUUUAAGACACUUUAUCAUGAUGAAAAACAUAGUGUUGACGUCUUUGAAAACCUCAGAAAUAAAGCUGGGAAGUGGGCUGGGUUAUAUCAGGGGCCAAGGUUCUGGUAGUAAUCUUUUCCUUAGACAGUAUAACUAUUUGUGACUGGCUGUUUGAGCAUUUCCAAGAAGUUCCUCUAGCUGAAUCUAUAGCUCAGACAAUACACAACUUUGCUGAUAAAAAUUCAAAUUAACAGAAAAAAGUCAAAGGCUCAAGACUGUGUACAUCAACUUUAUAUAAACAACAUCACAUCCUAAAAUCCAUUGCAGUACUUAACAUCCAAUCUCCGAUCUUACCAUUAAUGGCAACUUUUGGAUUUUGAAUCAAACUACAGUGUAUUGUUUUGUUCCUGGUUGCAGGGAUGAAAUGUUUGCAAUGACCUUGAACUGAAUUCACAUCUUUAACUGACAACUUUGUGAUAGCAACAGUCAGUGAGGUCUGUGGAUACUGUAGCAUUUUGUGCCAUUUGAUAAACCUAAUUGACAGAAGAAGUCUCAAGGCUAAUGUACAGUACCAGUCAAAAGUUUGAACACACUUAAUUCUAGGGAAUGAGAUAGUGUGUCCAAACCUUUGACUGGUACUGUAAGUUGAAGCAUUUAUAAGUGAUAUAAUCGUAUCAGAGACUCCAGUAUUUCUGCGUUGGGUAACACUGAUGUUUUUGUUAAAAGGAAACUUUCAAAUGCAAAUUUGCAGUGGGAAAAAUACUUCUGUUACCAAUGGCCCCUGCCCACUUCACAACUGAAUAGGUAACUUCUCAGGAAGUGGAAAAUAGGUACAUUUAUUGGGUCAUUACACAUAUGGUCUUAGGGAAAAAUGUGCAGCUUUCACUCAAAGUAUUGACAUACAAAAACAGGUAUGCGGUUAUUAGGUUUUCCCCUGGUCAAAGACAAUAAUCGUUUUAUCGGUAAUUCACACAUAAGGUUUUAAACAACUGAGUAACUGUUUUGUGAUUCAUUGAAAGCACAGUAAAAUACUUAGCAAUUGAUGUGCUAUUGGUUUGUCUUUGAGACUGUCAUGUAUUAUGUUUGUGUUGAUGUUUUUGUAGUGUGUUAUCAAAUUCUAUAUUUUUGCAAUAAAAAUUUUAAAAAUCAA